UUCAUCCCAUCAACAAGGGUAGCUUCGUCACUUAGAAAAAAUUGAUGGACACCACUUUCGCAAUUUAUCCGUUCAAGUGGGGUCGUUCCGUCAUUGUGUUGAUUUUCAUCAGUUCCCCCGUUCGUCUUCCUCUGGUUCUUCUCUUCGUUUGCUGCAAACUUCUCUGUGUGCCUCUGUAAGAAGAAGAUCUGUAAGAAGAAGAAGAAGAAGAAGAAGAAGAAGAAGAUGUCUGGUGUAUCUCUGGCAGUGGCGCCGAGGAGCGAUCCGUCGGCGACGGAGACGAAGAAGGUGCAGAGCGUCGGCGGCGUGAUGGGGUCGCUGCGCGUGAUCGAGCUGCAACUGGUGGCCUUCAUCAUGGUCUUCUCCGCCAGCGGCCUCAUCCCUCUCCUCGACCUCGCCUUCCCCAUCUUCACCACGCUCUACCUCCUCAUCCUCUCGCGCUUCGCCUUCCCCAACUUCUCCCGCUCCUCCUCUUCUUCCUCUCAGGAGAUCUUCCGCGGCUCCCGCCUCUUCCAGCUCUACGUCAUCGUCGGAACCACCGUCGGCCUAUUCCUGCCUCUCGCUUACGUCCUCGGCGGCUUCGCCCGCGGCGACGAACACGCCGUCCGGUCGGCCACCCCGCACCUUUUCCUCCUCUCCUGCCAGAUCCUCACCGAGAACCUCAUCUCCGGCUUCUCCCUCUUCUCCGCUCCCGUCAGGGCGAUGGUCCCCCUCCUCUACACCGUCCGCCGGAUCUUCGUCAUCGUCGAUUGGGUCGCCGACGACUGGACGCGCAAGUCCCUCCCCCGCAACUCGGUCAUCAAGGACUUGGCGUGGCUGUGGUUCGGGCGGGGACUUUCGGUGGCGAACUUGGGUUACUUCUCCAUCAACCUCUUCGGCUUCCUCGUGCCUCGCUUCCUCCCUAGGGCCUUCGACCGAUACUUCAAGGAGAGGGACGAGGUGUUCGCCAAGACCGCCGAGGACCGGCGCCCCUCCUCUCCGCCGGCUGCCUCUGUCGGCCAGAAGAAGACAGACUGACGUCUAAUGAUCAACCUCCCCAUUUCCUCAUCUUUCCGUCGGUCUUCGACGGUCUCCUCCUUCUCCGUCCCUUUCUUUUUACUUAUUGUUUGCCAUUUGUGAUGGGUGCGCGUUGCCAGCAGUUAUUACUGGAAAAAAAAUGUUUGCAAAUUUGAAAGAACAGCAAAAGCAUCAAAUGUCCGAAGGUCUUAUUUUCGUUUACCGCUUGGAUCCUGCUGCUACAGGUCACAUGGACAAGCGGUUAAAUGAAAAGUUUGGAAACUUUAAACUGCUUUUGUUAUUUGCCUGGAGAUUGUAAAAGUUCAUUUCUUUUAGAUGCUUGUACUUUUGUAAUUCCGAUGUAAGAAGAAGAUUAGCGAACUCUUUGUUUUACAAA